AUGGAAUCUAAGGUAGCCAGUUUCAGGAAGGAACUUAAAGCAUUUCGCUCCCGUGGCGAAGCCGCUCAAGUCUCACGUCAUCUUGACCAAGAACUUUUGAAUAAUCUUAUCGUAGAGCACGAACGACAAGGCGAAGAGAUAACGAGGCUCGGACGAGAGCACGAGGAGCUAGAGACUUGGGUGAAUAUUCUUGAAAUUGAGAGUAGCGGUCUCAAAGAGCAAAUCGAAAAUCUGAAAGAUGAGCUUGUUGGAAGCGAGGAGGCCGAGAAAGAGAACGCACAUGAGAUACAGAAACUGAGGGGUGAGGCGGGUGGACACCUUCGGCUCAAUCGAGAGCCUGAUAAUCGUACAACUGGAAAGUACACUGCCGUUCUUCUGAACGUCAAUGCAGACGCAUUCAAGACGGCAGAAGCUUGUCUACAGGCUAUGGUUGCGACGAUGCCCUCCUCAUGCGCUUCAUCCAAGCUUUCAAUGGGAGUCGGGACUUAA